AUGUCUAUAAAGCCUGAUGGCAUCUACGCCGCUCUGCCGACCAGCACAAGAGGUCAGCCUACCCCUCUAUCCGCCGAUUCCAAGGGAGAGCGCAUAGCCUACGCUUCAAACAAAUCCAUAUUUCUUCGGUCGAUCGACAAUCCUGCCAUAUCCACCCAGUACACCCAACACACAGCGUCCACUACGGUAGCGAGGUUUGCACCCUCCGGUUUCUAUUGUGCGUCGGGCGAUGUCUCGGGGAUUGUGAGAGUUUGGGACUGUUCGCCUAAUGGAUCAGGGGUUACCAAAGGCGAAUACGCAAUCAUUUCAGGCCGGAUCAAUGAUAUCGCUUGGGACGGUGACAGCCAACGUAUAAUAGCCGUGGGAGACGGAAAACAACGCUUUGGACAUUGCAUCACGGCGGAUUCUGGCAACACUGUUGGAGAAAUAAGUGGCCAUUCGGCGCAAGUCAAUGCGGUGAGCAUACGACAACAACGACCAUUAAGAGCGGCAACGGGAGGUGACGACAAGAAUCUGGUCUUCUACCAUGGGGCUCCCUUCAAAUUCAACGGUAUUCCUGGUCGGGGACAGCAUACCAAUUUCAUAUACGGGGUGGCUUUCUCCCCGAACGGAAACCACCUGGUCAGUGUCGGCGGUGACAAGAAAAUCUAUCUCUACGAUGGAAAGACCGGAGACGCAAAGGCCGAGAUCGUGGACACCACGGAGGGCCAUCACGGCAGCAUCUUCGGCGUCUCCUGGUCCAGCGACUCAAGGAGCAUUGUGACCUGCUCCGCCGACCGCACGGUCAAAACAUGGGACGUGGAGGCCGGGAAGGUGACCAAUUCCUGGUCCUUUGGCGAUGCUGUCGCUGUUUCGGAUCAACAGGUCGGCGUCGUGUGGCCAGCAGGCAGGUCAGACGGGUUAAUAAUCUCCCUUUCGCUCAGUGGUGAUCUCAACUACUUGAACACCAGCUCUAGCAAGCCGACCAAAAUCAUCUCCGGACACCAAAAGAAUAUUACCGCCCUCGCCUCAUCGGGAGAGGUUGGAAGCGCUACCCUAUGGACUGGAAGUUACGAGGGCCGUCUAUGCUCGUGGGAUGUGGCCAGCGGUAAUGCCGAGACAAUCGAAGGCGACGGACACACCAACAUCAUCUCGGGCCUUGCAGCAUCUUCCUCCAGCAAUCACCCUCAAGUAUUUUCAGUGGGCUGGGAUGACUCCUUGCGAACAGUUGACAUUGGUGCGCGGACAUUUACAGGAAAGCCGACGCAGCUAUCGUCACAACCAAAAGCUUUGACAUGCACGUCCGAUUCACUUGUUGUUGUCGCCCAGCUGGAGAGUGUCAUCGUCUACAGAGACGGCGAAGAGGAUGGUGAGCUCCCGCUGAAAGCAACUCCGACAUCUCUGGCUUCUUCGGGCAGCAUAGUCGCUAUUGGCUCCCAAGAUUCGAGUCUCCGUUUAUUCUCUGUGGUACCAGGAAAAGCACCCAAGCAGACGGCGGUUGUCGAACAAGUCUCGGCGACUCCCUUGACUGCGAUAGCCUUCUCUCAAGAUGGCAACAUGGUGGCGGUUGGGACAGCCGCCGGCAAGAUCUAUGUCUAUAAGAUCAAUACCGGGGUCACCGGGCUUCUCACGGGCACUUCCUCCCUUGAACUUGUGACUGACCGAUGGAACGCCCACUCUGCCAAAAUCACCAGUAUCGCUUGGAAUUCAGAAGGCACAGGGGCAGUCUCUGGCAGUCUAGACACCAGUUUGUUCGCGUGGAGUUUGAGAGAACCUGGGAAAAGAGUGAAAGAGACCAAUGCUCACAAGGAAGGGGUCAAUGGCGUUGUUUGGUUGGGAGACAUUGUCUACAGCACCGGGGCAGAUGCUACGGUCAAGAAAUGGAGGGUCCAGAUAGCCUAG